CAAACAAAAUGGCGGGUGUGCUUGGUCGCCAAAGGAAAAUAUUUGAUGAAUCCGUGUGAAUAUACAACAAAGAAAAGCCAAACUGCUGAAUAACAAUGGCACAAAAGACAAGAAAUCCUAGUAUGACAGCAGAACAAAUUAAAUGUGUUGUAAAAGAUGUUAUAAGUGCAUAUAACACACCAGGCAACCAAUUGAGAUUGAGGAAGAUCCAUGAGGAUUCUGGGAAUGAUUUGGUUGUGAUGAUGCAAAAUAUAAUCCCUGUGGCGACAGAAAUACAACACAGUGUCAUUAAAGAACAUGGAUUCAAUACAACUGAAGGAGUUUUAAAGUUUACCCAGAUGAUUCAUUUCUUUGCCGAAGAUGAUCCAGAAAUGAUGGAACUAGCUGAACAAUUAAGAGCAAAAUUUAUACCAAAUAUGCCRUCACUACCUKUCCUGCAACCAUGCAAUGAUUAARCAUAGCUUGUGGCAAUCGAACUCUAUGCAAACAAUGUCAAAUAAACUAAUUGUUCAUUGGAGUACAAAACAUGACCCKAGUUGCCAUCUUCUCUGGCAUKUAAAAGGCAUUGUGGGAUGCAAAGUAGAGAAUGAAAAUGACUUCAUCCAUCCCAUAAAUCUUUGCAAGACACAAGAAAAAGAUGCGAGAGAUGACUGUGGGAGUUACUCAUACUGGAGUUAAGGCUCGCAAUUCCUAAAUAAUUAGAGAGAUUAUAAUAAUUAAAUUUUAUGCAUAAAUGUGCAUACCUUUUUUACUUGAAUAUUUUCCAAAUACAUUUAUUAAGUCGAAGACUUCAAAUAACUAGUUUUUUACAAUUUGAAAUUAUAUAAUGGAUCACUAGAAAGCUAAUAUAUUAACAUUUAAUGUURUCAGACAUUUUCAACCUUUAACAGUUUAUCUCCAGGACUUAAAUAAGUAAUUAACAUUCAUUUGAAUGUACAGAGUUUAGCUAUUUGAUCACACGGGAGAAAAGUGUUAGGUGGAAUGCUUCAGUCUAGGUUUGAAACGGCUGAUUCAUUUUUGUCAUAUCAUAGCUCUGCCAAUAAUAAACCAUGAUUGUGAAAGUGUGAUUUAGUCCCUGAAUAUGAACUGCUAUGUUCACAUUAUUUUAAAAUGUGUAAAAAUUUUAUGUAAACAUUUUAAAAUGUUUCAAAAUAAAUUAAUUGAAAUAUA